AACAUGGGGACGUGAAAGUUGUAGGUGUGAAUAUGUGACAAAAGGGGGGGUUUAUUAUUAGUUAUGUAUUUCUAUGUUUCAUACUUUGUGCACUGAGUUUUAACACAUGCCAGUCGCCUCAGAAAGCAGUGAAAUGAUGACAUUGCGAGACUGGAGGCAAGCAAUCAGGACGCCAACAGCAUACCGUGUUGGGAACAGUUUCAAAAUGGAGUGGGCUACAGUGAAGGAUCAAACCUUGUACAUCGGUGGCCUUGGUAAAGAAUGGACCACAAGUUCGGGAGAGCUUGUUAACUUCAACCCUCAAUGGAUUAAAACAGUCUCCGUGUCUGGAGAAGUUUCUCAUAUAAACUGGCGUGAUAAGUACAACAAGAUUAGACGUGCUGUAGGGAUUGAAUUUCCAGGGUACAUGAUCCAUGAAGCAGUUUCAUGGAGUACAUACCAUAAACGCUGGUUUUUCCUUCCAAGACGUUCCUCAAAAGAAAAAUAUGAUGAAAAUCUGGAUAAUGAAAGAGGAACUAACAUGAUUAUCACAGCUGAUGAAAACUUUGAUGAUAUAAAGGUUACUUUCGUUGGGGAAGUUGUUCCUACCCAUGGAUUUUCAUCUUUCAAGUUUUUGCCAGGAACUGAUGACAGUAUAAUAGUAGCACUCAAAACAAUGGAGACUUCUAAAGAGGUGCGGACAUUUGUUAUGGCAUUUACAGUUACUGGUAAAAUACUGCUUAAAGAAACUCCUGUUGCUGAGAUGAAGUAUGAAGGCCUUGAAUUUAUUUAAAAUUCCUGUUAUAUUAACAGGGUGAAGUUAACUAGUUCAUUUUGUACACAUGCCUGCAGGCAUGAUUAGAGAUGACCUCAUGGAUGAAAAGAAGUACAGUCUUCUGUACUGAAUAGUCAUAAGUGUCAGUAAUGAAAUUUAGAACAUUACAUUAAAAUUUGUAAUCACCAUGAUCUGCAUUAAGUUCAUAAAGAAUAGUAUGUAAAAAAAUGUGGCUGUGCUAAAGAAAGUAAUUUUAUUCUUGAAUGUAAGUGUAUGUUGUAUAUUGUUAAAAAAUAAAUAAUUUAUUUCUGUAAUUAA